CUUACGUACGAAGUAUGAGUAGUUUCUUUCUUCUUUUUCUGUCUUUUCUUUUUCCCCUUUCCUUCACACGUAAAUAAAUUCAAUUUACGAAUGUUUUCAAAAAAAAAAUAAAAAUAAAAAUAAAUUCAAUUUCGCAUCUUGCCUGUCACUUUUAUACAAAGAAGACAAGAAAGAAAAGGAGAGAGAAGGAGUUUAAAUACUCGGUGGACGGUGUCGUAUCACACAUAUCCCCCCCCCUUGCCCUCUUUCAUCUUAUUUUUGUCUCUCUGUCUUUUAGGCUUUCUCCCUUCUGUCAAAAGUUUGUUCUUAAUAUAUGUUACCGACUACACUAUUUUUUUCCUAAACUAAUUAAAAUAAGAUUAUAUCAGUAAUUGGAUUAAAAAUUGAUUGAUUGAUCGAUCAAUUUGAUCGUUUUAUUACACGUUCCAGAGAGAUCUCUCCUCUCCUGUUUGUCUAUUUUCUCAUCAUCGUCCUCGCUUCUGCUUUUCCUUUCCUUGCACGUUGAGUAUUUUUCCGUCCUCGAAACGAUGUCGUACGCGUAUCUGUUCAAGUACAUCAUCAUCGGCGAUACCGGCGUUGGGAAGUCAUGCCUUCUGCUGCAGUUUACUGACAAGAGAUUCCAGCCCGUACAUGACUUAACCAUUGGUGUUGAGUUUGGGGCCAGAAUGAUCACGAUUGAUAACAAGCCAAUCAAAUUACAGAUCUGGGACACGGCUGGCCAAGAAUCAUUUCGGUCAAUCACUCGGUCUUACUACCGAGGUGCUGCUGGAGCACUGCUAGUUUAUGACAUCACCAGGAGGGAAACGUUUAACCACCUGGCAAGUUGGUUGGAAGAUGCUAGGCAACAUGCAAAUGCAAAUAUGACCAUUAUGCUUAUAGGCAACAAGUGUGAUUUGUCUCAUAGAAGAGCUGUGAGCACUGAGGAGGGUGAGCAAUUUGCUCGGGAGAAUGGCUUGAUAUUUAUGGAGUGCUCUGCAAAAACUGCUCAGAAUGUUGAAGAGGCAUUUAUAAGCACUGCUGCUACAAUCUACAAGAAGAUUCAAGAGGGAGUUUUUGAUGUGUCGAAUGAGGUAUGGCAAGUGAAAUUUUUACUUUUUCUGAAGGUUUACUAGUUCUUGAUUUCAGUGACUUUGUGGUUUUCCAGUCACUUUAAAUCUAGUAGCUCGACGCAAUUACAUCUGUUAGGUUGAUAAUUCUAUUUACUAUAUGAGUGUACUUGCGUUGUACAACAGCUACUUUUAGUUGAGUGCCUUGUUAUUUUGUAAAAUCAUUGGGAUGGCUGUUCUACCAUAUUAAGUCCCUUUUUUUUUUUCUUUUCUCUGAAUGCCUAUGUGGAGAAAUUUCCUUUCUUAGUCAACAAAAUGUAAUGGUAUCUUGAUAUGCAUAUAACUCUGGUCCUUUUGGUGAUGAUCUUUAAACACCGUUGUUGAAGCCUUGGCACGGCAAGUAGUUUUUUUGCCAUGAUUUCUUCAGUAAUUGUACUUGGUGAUGAUUUUAAACACCUCUAUUCUAGUCGUGCAGUGUCUUUUUUCUUCAAAGAGGCCCCAUUUCUUCCUUUUUUUUUUUUUUCUUGACUUCAUUUAAAUUGUUGGUAUGCUUAACUUUACAGUCAUACGGGAUCAAAGUUGGAUAUGGAAACAUCCCAGGACCACAAGGAGGCAGAGAUGGAGGAAACACUCAAGGUGGUGGUUGCUGCAGUUAAAAUGCCAAACACUCAUCGUCACGAACUGUUACUGAUUAUUCUGGCUUUUAUAGGCACAAAUGUUAUUUUAUGUCUGCCUAGGCAACUCUCCUUAUAUUUUCUUUAAUUUAUCAUCAAAAUUGUGUAAUAUGGUAAGAAAAUAAACCGAGAAAAAAGGGGAAAAAAAAAGUUUGGUAUAUAGGAGAUUGUGUGAGUGUUGGUUGUGGGAAUUCGGUGCUGACUUCUGUAACAUUCGACCCUCAAGUCCUCAACUCAUUUGUGAUUCUUGUGAAUAUGGCUUGAUAUUUAAAGUUCACGUACAUUCCUGUGAUGUGGUGGUUAAGUACGUCUUCAUUUUUUAUUUUUUGUUUUUUUGGGAGAACUGUGUUGCAAUCAGUGAAUUAUGUUGGGAGGUGAUUGUGAGUGAUGUUUAAUCAGGAAAAGGUUAUAGUGAAUCUGAAUCAUCAUGUCAUUAAUUUAUUCGACGGUCAUCAUGAAAUAACACAUCAAAAUCACAUGUCAAAUGUGAAAGUGAUGGACAUGAUACUGUUAUAGAUAUUACUAUGACAUUUAAUGUCUUUUACGCCCAGGCGUUUUAUGAGAGGUUUAGAUAUAAAAAUCUCAUAUUUCUUCUCCAGGACACACCUUCAUUUCAAAUGUACUAUAUAGGAUCUUCAAAACCAUCCAACCAUGGGAGGUUUCUCAAUGAAGUGCAACUUUUGAACGCUUUUAGUGUGUUUUUUCACACUAGAAAAUUGUAAGAGAGUGG